GAGGGCGUCAGCAAGAUGUCGGGCUCCUUCAUCGCCGAUCUGAUUUCGUUUAAGAUGUAAUGUGUUGAUAGUCUGUGAUAAGUAAGAAUGUUAUAGAUAUCAAAAAUGAGCAUAGAUCUUGUCUUACUUGAUUGAUCUUGAGGGCAUCAGCAAGAUGAUGCGCUCCUUCGGCACCGAUCUGAUUGUAUGAAAGAUUUAGUGUAGUGAUAGUCUAUUAUGAAUGAAAACAUUCCAGAUAUUAUAGGUUAGGAGAAAUCUUGCCUUACUUCAUCGGUCUUUAAAGUAUCGCAGAUAUAACGUGCUCCUUUGUAAUCGAUCUGGUUCUUCACAAGAUUUAGUCUUUUGAUUGUCUAUAAUAAAAAAGAAUCUUGAAGAUACAAUACAUCGGCAAACAUUUUGUCUCACUUGGUUUUUCUUGAGGACAUCAGUAAUAUAAUGUAGUCUCUCAACACCGAUUCGCGUGCGUUGAAGAUUCACUUUUCUGAUUAUCUAAGAUGAAUAAAAAUCAUGUGUAGAUGUCCUAGAUGAUUACAGGUAUUGUCUCACUUGACUCGUCCUGAAAGCAUCAUGGAGAUGAUACGCGCGUUCAGCACUAACCCGAUGGUUGUAAAGCAUAAAUGUAGCAAUUGUCUAUUAUGAAUGAAGAUAUGGUAGGUAUGAAAGCACGACAGAGAACUUGUCUUACUUGAUUAAUGUUUAAAGCAUCAGCAAGGUGAUGCGCUCCCAGUGCGCUGAUCGGAUUAAAUUGAAGAUUCAGUGUGGUAAUAACCUAGAAUUAAGAAAAAAUAUUGUACACGGUGGUAAAUAAUAUUAUUCAAGGGGGGUAACGCUAUAAUUUCGAGUCGGAAAUAUGAUGAAUUUUAUACCAAAUGAAAGUCCGUGAAAAAUGGGAUUUAUUGAUGCUAAAUAGUAAGACUUUGAAGGACUUUCGUAUAUCGAACGUUUAAACACAACGGAAUUUUCUCUCAAAACAACCGUUAAAAACCAUUUUUCAUAAGUUUUAAGACAUUGAAAACGAAAAUUUUUCUAUGAGAACGAAAGAAAAAUGGUAACGAUCACGAUAUACAACUAUGACUCAGACAAUAAGAUGGUUCUUUUGCGUUCUGUUAAAUAUUUUUCUCCACGUGAUACUAGUUAUUUCAAAACUUUUUUCGUUAUCAGUCUGCCUGAAAGUUAUAGUCGACAGAAAUUUCAGUGUUUUUUUGUUUAUUAUUUCAAAUAGCUGGUGUUUAUGAUACCGAACCACAAAGAAUGAUUGACAGAAUUAAAUGCAUUACUUUCCACGAAGCUCGCGAUGCUGGUGCAACAUUUAUAAAUAGAUAAUGGAUUGCCGACAAAAUUCACCGUACGACUCGAUUUGUCUCAGAAUAGUGGGGAAAAUCGUGUGACCAAUGCUUGGGUGAUUAUUCAAAUGCUGGUCCUAAAUUCAAGUUGUCAAGAGUUGCUCAGGACAUUAUUCGUGAAGCAAGUGGUCGGCAAGAGGAAAGCGCUUCUGUUGUGGCGAAAGAGAUUGCAGAGAAGCAAAAAGAAUAUGUUACUCGACAAACAGUUAAUAACUACCGUCAUAGGGAAGGAUUAAAGCCUUUUCAUGUUAUUCCAAGACCGUUAAAAUCUGAAACUCAUAUAUCAGAUCGAUUAUGGCUUUGUGAUUGGUUAAAAGAUUGGACUGAAGGAGAUUUUCUUCAUCUGGCGCCAUCGGAUGAAUUUUAUGUUUGGACUGUUCGCAGACCAAAUUAUCAAAAUGAUAGAGUUUGGGCAAAAAGUGUUGAAGAUAUUCAAGACGAUGAAAGGUAUCGCGAAAUGGUUAAAAACCAAGCGUGCAUCGGCAUUUUUAUCAUUUUCACCGCGAAAAAGUUGCAUUGGGUGAUUAAAGAUGAAGGUGAAUCUUGGACCGGUCAAUAUUUUUGUGACAUCAUUCUAAUGCAACACGUAUUUCCGUUCCUCAACGACGAAGCAAAUGUAAUUGAUCUGGAUAAUGUGAUAUUUGUUCAUGAUAAAGCACCAUGUAUGCGAGCAAACAUGACUCAACAUCUGAUUCGAGACAACAACGUCAAGUUUUGGGGCAAUGAUAUUUGGUCUGGUAAUUCGCCUGAUCUCAAUGUAGCGGAACGUAUUGGAUCAAUAAUCAAAGAUGAAGUUGAAAAAAAAAUGUUAUCGGAAACUGGACAUAAUCGAUAUCGUGAAGACACACUAAAAAAGCACAUUGCAAAUGUCUUGACUGACAUGGAAGAAGAUAUCGAAUUGUUUGAAGUUCUUUUAUGCUCGUAUCUAUCUCGACUUCGUGCAGUAAAGAACGUUAACGGUCGCCAUACUGAUUAUUGA